CUACCCCGUAGUAAGCGAUUAUGUGAGGAGGGUUUAUUUUUAAAAAUGUCCCAUUGCAAGUGUUCCUUGCAGUGGGUUCGGAUUGAAUAUUUUAUACAAAUUGAGGCAUAAAUGCGUUCCGUUUGCUCUUCGCCCUUCAUUAAGUGGAAUUAUGUCCUAAAAGCGACUCGCCGGCACAAGGAUUCCUUGAGUAAACCGCCCUCCAAAGCGAGUGUAAUGAUUUUUUAAUGCAAACUCUUCGAGAGCGAUGUGUUUUAUUGGCAUGUUUCAAUUCCACUAGUUGCAGUUUCAAUCCUAAUUCGCAAUAUGUCACUAACGUAUUUUGACGAGACGACAAAAAUCUGGCGUGGUCCUCGAAUGGCCCCAUUGUACAAUCCGGCCCAAGGGAUUGGUGAGCUGUUGUACCGAGUGCUGCAACGCACACCAACCCGAAUCGCUCAAAUCAGUGUCGACACUGGACGAUCGAUCUCCUACAAACAGUUGCACCUUUGGAGCGUUCGAUUCGCUCAAUCAUUAACCGGUUCUUGCGGGCUUCAUCGAGGCGAUAUGGUGACGGUAGUUGCACGCAACGGAGAGCAGAUUGCUGCAGUUGUGUUCGGGUGUUUUAUGGCGGCCAUUCCACUAAACACGCUUGAUCCUAACUUUCGUUCGGAGGAUUACGAACACAUGCUUAGAACGGUGGAACCGAAAGCAAUCAUUUGUGACAGCGACCUGGUACCGGCGCUGAAGGUUGCGUGUGAAGCGGCCACAAUCGAACCGAAGCUGAUCGUCAUUGGGAAACGCAUCAAUGGGUAUCCCACGGUGGAUGAUUUUCUUCUACCAAAUGGUUUGGAAGAACAUUAUGUUCCCGAACACAUCGAAAAUCCCGCCCAGGAGCUUGCCAUCGUGCUGUGUUCUUCUGGCACGACGGGUCUAUCGAAGGGCGUUUGUCUUUCGCAUGCAAUCUGCAUCGCAACCACGGCCGCCCUGUGGAAAGCGACCGACUGUGAGCGUGUGCUGUGCUUCAGCUCACUGUACUGGGUGUCCGGGUUGGGCGUGCUGCUAACCUCCAGCAUAGCCGGCGCUACGCGAAUCAUCACGCGGGAAACGUUCAACGCAAAGCUGUUGAUCGAUCUGGUGGAGCAGUUUCGUAUCACAACGCUGUUUAUGCCACCGGCACAAGCGUUAGCGCUGUUGGGUGAUCCAACGAUUGGAAUGGCGGAUUUUUCUAGCCUUCAGCUGGUGCUCUGCGGAGGUGGUCCUGUAUCGGGUGAGCUGAAAAGUUCAUUCGAACGGUAUCUCUCCAAGAGUGGCAAGUUUAUCGUUGGCUAUGGACUGUCGGAAAUAGGUGGAGGAAGCUUCACUACCGUUCAUUGGUACAAACCGGGUGCCAUCGGGACGGUGAAUGUUGGUAUGGAAGCGAAAAUUGUGACCUCCGACGGUAGGGCACUCGAUGCCGAACAGGAGGGUGAACUGCUCAUUAGGGCAGAGUACGUGUUUCUCGAAUACUACGGCAAUCCGUCCGAAACGGCGGAAAUGCUCGAUCGGGAUGGAUGGUUACACACUGGUGACAUUGCGCGUUACGAUCAGGACGGUGUAUUCUUUGUGGUGGAUCGAAAGAAAGACAUUAUUAAGUAUGCCGGUUUUCAGAUCUCGCCGACGGAAUUGGAGGCUAAAAUUAUGCAGCUUUUCGCUGGUAGUUUGUUGAUGGUUUGCGUUACCGGAAUACCCGUGCCGGGGAAUGAUCUUCCGGUGGCACUAGCCGUGCGUCAGCCGGAAGGUGCAAUGGUGCACGAGCAAGAGAUUAUUGAUGGGUUGGCGGAGGUAGUUACCGACUUUAAGAAGCUACGAGGUGGUGUAUUUUUUGUGGAAAGUCUACCAAUGACACCUUCCGGUAAGAUAGUUCGCCGACGGUGUAAAGAAAUUGCCAUAGCUUUGUACGAGGAAGCCCUGGAAUGAGGCAAGUUGGAUCGAUUUAUACGUGACUCCGUGCACAUUGUUCUUUCAUGGUCAUCAUUCAGUAAUGCGUAGAGUAUUGAUUGAUUCUGAUGCGUGCAGUAGUGAAUGCACUUGCCGGAUCGAUAUGAAAUCGUGCUAGUUUUCCUUGAUAGCGUUAGAAA